CAAAAGCCAUAUUUUGAUAAACAAUAAUUAAAAACAAGCUUUUCACUCUGCUCUCUUCGCCCCCAUCCCAUCCCAUCGGCGGACUUUCCGAUAAAACCCCCUCAAAACCCUCUUCUUCUUCUUCUUCUUCUUCUUCUUAUUCAGUUGUUUGUUAUUUAUUCUCAAUUGUUAUUACAUUCCUAAUUAACCUACACAAACAUUUGCUCCCCUUUUUUCACACACCAAAAUACGCAAUGGCUUUGUCUCAGUCGCUAUCGAAACCCAUUUUCUCCACCAAACCCUCUUCUCAAACACCACUUUUUUCACUUCCCGCGACGCAGAGGAUCAAAACUCGGCCAUUCACGAUCCGCAACUCGGCGUCGGUUGCGGCGGCAAUCGUGGCCUCAAAGGCGGCGGCGUCGGCGAAGGUGAAGAACAUAAAAGCCCGGCAGAUCGUGGACAGCAGAGGAAAUCCGACGGUGGAGGUUGAUUUGAUAACGGAGGAUGACUCGCUUUACCGAUCGGCCGUACCAAGUGGAGCAUCAACAGGGAUCUACGAGGCUCUCGAACUCAGAGAUGGCGACAAGUCUGUAUUUGGGGGUAAAGGUGUCCUUAAUGCUGUUCAUAAUAUCAAUUCCCUCUUGGCUCCUAAACUCAUUGGUAUUGAUAUUAGGAAUCAGAAGGAUGUGGAUGCGGUUAUGAUAGAGAUUGACGGGACGCCAAAUAAAUCGAAACUGGGGGCGAAUGCAAUAUUAGGAGUAUCUCUAAGUGUGUGUAGAGCUGGUGCAGGAGCAAAGGGAGUGCCGCUAUACAAACACAUACAAGAAAUAUCAAACACAAAAGAGCUUGUUAUGCCGGUGCCUGCAUUCAAUGUUAUCAAUGGUGGCAGUCACGCUGGUAAUAACCUUGCCAUGCAAGAGUUCAUGAUAUUGCCUGUCGGAGCCAACUCUUUUUCCGAGGCUUUCAGAAUGGGUAGUGAAGUUUAUCAUAUAUUGAAGGGAAUAAUAAAAGCUAAAUACGGACAAGAUGCAUGCAAUGUGGGCGAUGAAGGUGGAUUCGCUCCGAAUGUGCAGGAUAAUAGGGAAGGUUUAGUACUUCUCAUGGAUGCUAUUGAAAAGGCUGGCUACACCGGGAAGAUCAAAAUAGGGAUGGAUGUGGCGGCUUCAGAGUUCUUGACUAAAGAAGGAAAUUACGAUCUCAAUUUCAAGAAACAACCGAAUGAUGGUUCUCAUGUGCUGACACCUGGAAGCCUUGCUAAUCUAUACAGAGAGUUUGUGAGAGACUUUCCUAUUGUAUCGAUCGAGGACCCAUUUGACCAAGAUGAUUGGACUUCUUGGUCUUCACUUCAAUCCUCUGUUGAUAUCCAGAUUGUCGGUGACGAUUUGUUAGUCACUAAUCCCAAGAAAAUUGCUGAAGCUAUUCACAAGAAAGCCUGCAAUGCUUUGCUGCUCAAGGUUAACCAGAUUGGUACAGUGACAGAAUCAAUACAAGCAGCACUUGACUCAAAAGCUGCUGGUUGGGGAGUUAUGGUUAGUCACCGCAGUGGUGAGACUGAAGACAACUUCAUUGCAGAUUUGUCUGUCGGCCUUGCUAGUGGACAGAUCAAGACAGGAGCUCCUUGCCGGAGCGAGCGUUUGGCCAAAUAUAAUCAGCUUCUGCGCAUUGAAGAGGAACUUGGAAAUGUUCGCUAUGCUGGUGAAGCUUUCAGAUCCCCUUAGGACUUGUUUCAUUUUCAAAAUGAUGGGAUGAAUCAUCAGUUUGUUUUUUUUUUUUUUUUUUUUUGUAUAUCCGAGAUGGUUAGAAAUCUGUCGAGAUAAAAUUAUUGAGCAAAUUAUUGCGGCAGACCUAUUGAAAAAUUAAAAUAAUACAGCUGGUGCAAAGAACACUGAUUUUCUGAUUUUGCAUCAAGAUUGAUUAAACUCUUUGUCUUGUGUCAUUCUCAA